AUGGCUGAUGCUUUUGUGUCAUUUUCACUUCGAAAAUUGGGCGAUUUCCUCAGUCAACAAGUUUCACUGAGAACAAGUCUCAGAGAUGAAGUUACAUGGCUGAGAAAUGAGUUAUUCUUCAUACAACCUUUCCUAGAAGAUCCAGAACUAAAGCAAUAUGCAGAUCAUAGAGUUGUACAAUGGGUGUUUGAGAUCAACUCUAUUGCUAUACUCGAGACUUACACCUUUGAGGCUGGUAAACGUGCUAGUUGUCUCAGUUGUGCUUGCAUAUGUAGGAAGGAGAAGAAAUUAUACAAUGUAGCCAAGGAGAUCAAAUCACUCAAGAAACGAAUCAUGGAUAUCUCUCGCAAACGAGAGACUUAUGGUAUUACAAAUAUCAAUAGUAAUGCUGGAGAAGGGCCAAGUAAUCAGGUUGCAACAUUGAGGAGAACUACCUCAUAUGUGGAUGACCAGGAUUAUAUUUUUGUUGGAUUUCAGGAUGUUGUAGAAAUAUUGCUAGCUGAAAUUCUGAAAGCAGAGUCUCGUCGAAGUGUCCUCUCCAUUUAUGGCAUGGACGGUUUAGGCAAGACCACUCUUGCGAGAAACCUCUACAGAAGUCCUAGUAUAGUCAAUACCUUCCCUACACGUGCUUGGAUAUGUGUUUCUCAAGAGUACAACACAAUGGAUCUUCUUAAAACUAUCAUAAAAUCCAUCCAAGGUUGCACCAAGGAAACUCUAGAUUUGUUGGAAAGGACGACAGAAGGAGAUCUAGAAAUUUAUCUCUGUGAUCUAUUAAAAGAACGCAAAUACCUUUUGGUGGUUGAUGAUGUAUGGCAGAAAGAAGCAUGGGAGGGUUUGAAAAGAGCAUUCCCGGAUAGCAAGAAUGACAGCAGAGUCAUUAUAACCACGCGCAAAGAGGAUGUUGCUGAAAGAGCAGACGACAGAGGUUUUGUUCAUAAACUUCGUUUCCUAAGCCAAGAAGAAAGUUGGGAUCUCUUUCAUAGGAAACUACUUGAUGUUCGAGCAAUGGUUCCAGAAAUGGAAAGUCUAGCUAAGGAUAUGGUGGAAAAGUGUAGAGGCUUACCUCUUGGGAUUGUUGUAUUGAGCGGACUACUUUCGCAUAAAAAGGGGCUACACGAAUGGCAAAAGGUGGAAGAUCACCUUUGGAAGAACAUUAAAGAAGAUAAAUUUAUUGAAAUCUCUAACAUACUAUCAUUAAGCUACAAUGAUUUGUCAACUGCGCUCAAGCAGUGUUUUCUCUACUUUGGUAUUUUUCCAGAAGAUCAAGUGCUCGAGGCUGAUAACAUAAUACGGUUGUGGAUGGCAGAGGGUUUCAUCAUACCAAGAGGAGAAGAAAGAAUGGAGGAUGUCGCUGAAGGCUUCUUGAAUGAGUUGAUAAGACGAAGCUUGGUUCAAGUGGAUUAUACAUUUUGGGAAAGAGUUACUAAAUGUAGGGUUCAUGAUUUACUCCGUGAUCUUGAGAUACAAAAGGCAUUGGAGGUAAACUUCUUUGACUUUUAUGAUCCAAGAAAGCACUCGAUAUCCUCCUUAUGUAUCAGACAUGUCAUUCAUAGUCAAGGAGAAAGGUACCUCUCACUUGAUCUUUCUAACUUAAAGUUGAGGUCAAUUAUGUUCUCUGAUCCAGAUUUUCGUAAUAUGAGUCUUAUGAACUUCAGUAGUAGUGUGUUCCAACAUCUCUAUGUGUUGUACUUGGAUAUGCGUGGUGACAAUAUGUCUACAUUACCUGAUGCCAUUGGAAGUUUGUACCACCUUAAGUUAUUAAGAUUGAGAGGUAUCUAUGAUGUUCCCUCUUCCAUUGGCAACCUCAAGAAUCUACAGACACUUGUUGUCACUGACUGUGGAUACUCUUGUGCACUACCCCGCGAGACAGCUGACCUGAUAAAUCUAAGACAUUUAGUUGCUUCGUAUUUAAAACCUCUGAAACGUAUAAGCAAACUCACUAGUCUGGAAGUUCUUAAAGACGUUCGUUGUGAUCAGUGGAAAGAUGUUGACCCUGUUGAUUUAGUCAAUCUUCUUGAAUUAAGGAUGAGUGAAAUUAAUUACCAAAUCUUACUCCUGAACAGCAUUAGCAGCUUGAAAAACCUUAGCAGUCUCACAUUGUUUUGUGAAUUUGAUGAAUCAUUCUCAUCCCUUGAAUUUCUUAGUUCUUGUCAAAAGCUCCAGAAAUUGUUGUUAAAAGGGAGAAUAUUAGAGAAACUGCCAGAUCUGUUUCCAAAUUCCAUCACUAUGAUGGUUCUUUGGAAGUCAAAACUCAUGGAAGAUCCGAUGCCUACUUUGGGAAUGUUGCCAAACCUAAAAGAUCUCAUAUUAGAAGAUACUUAUAAUGGAAAAGAAAUAAUGUGCAGUGAUAAUAGCUUUCGUCAACUCGAGUUCCUUCAUCUUUAUCAUCUUUCAAACCUAGAAACAUGGCAUUUAGGCGUGACAAGUGUCAUGCCUCUCACUAAAAGUCUUGCUAUCAGUUGUUGUUCAAAGCUGAAGGAGAUUCCAGAGAGAAUGAAAUAUCUUAAGAGAAAAAAAAUACGGUGGAUCUUUACAACCAUAUGCGGGAUUUUAUUUGAUAAUAGAAACCUAUUUGAAUGUUUUUUGGCUUUUGAAUGUGUAAUUUCUUUCUGUUUUUGUUAG